AUGGGACAGAAAAACAUGGAGGAGGAGGAGGAGGACGAGGAGGACGAGGAGGACGAGGAGGACGAAAAUGAGAGUGCUGUCCCCUCCGGCUCGGGACUAAAGGGAGGGAGGAGAGGAGAGUUGGUGAACAACAUUAAAGGUAUAAACACCAGACAGAGGAGAAGAAAGAGGGCCAGAGAGGAGGAGAGCAGUGAGGAGUCUGAGGAGAGGGUGUGGCCCAGGGAGGAGGGGAGAAGGAGUAAGAACAAUAGAACCCCCAUUCCAGAGAGACCCAUCGUUGUCCACCAUCUAACCCGACAAAGGAGAGCCCAGUUGAGGAACCCACUACACAACCCCCCCUCCAAUUCUAGAGGACCAGCCUCUUCAGACUCCAGCACGUUUAAUCUUGGACCCAACCCCAGUAAGUCCUGACUACACUCAGUAUCAAUGCAAUGGAAGAAGAAGAAUUAGCCUGGUCCUAGAUGUUUUAGUGCUGUCUUGUCAUUAGCCUGACAAUGACCACAGGAGUUGGCAAGAUGGCACAAACACAUCGGGGACCAGGCUAAAGAACUAGUUCUGAUAUUACAUUAACAGUAUCUAUUGAGUUUUAUAUUUCUCAUCUGUGAUGAUUUGUGCUUUAUUUCAUGCAUAACUUUGUUACAGGCAGCUUUGAGUCUCUCUACACAAUGGGGAGCAUGCUGGGUAAAGGAGGAUGUGGGUCCGUCUAUGCCGCCAUGCGCAAAAGUGACGGCCAACAGGUGAAGCUUAUAACAGUUUGUUAUGGAAUUCUAAUUCUGGUCAUAUAGUUGGAUAACUGUGUGAGACAAAGAAUGCAAAUGUUGUAUUGCUAUUUAUAUUUGCAUAACCCAAGAAGUGAAAGCAAACUAAUAUAUUAAUUUCUUAUCAUGUUGCUUUUACACUCAGGUGGCCAUAAAGUAUGUGACGAGAGGAAUGGCCGAGCCAUACGUAAAGCUUGUAAGUAACCUGUUUUAGUUUGCACAACUGUAAGGACUCUCAGGGUAAGCAUACAGAAAGUCCCCUUUUUUAACCUUCUUAUGGCAAUCCCCUCUCAACCCUCACCCCACCCUCCUCUCCUACCGUGACUUCUCCCCAUUCAACGUCCUCUCCAUCUCCUUUUCCCUCCCCUCUCACCUCCAGCCUGGGAGUGCCUUGUCCCUGGAGGUGGCCCUGAUGCAGAUCAUCUCGCGGCCCCCGUCCUGCUGCUACGUGCUGGGCCUGCUGGAAUGGUUUGAGGAGGCUGAGCAGUUCAUCUUGGUGCUGGAGAGGCCGUAUCCCUGCAUGGACUUGUUCAACUUCAUCGAGGAGCUGGGCGGCCGGGUGGACAAGUGUCUGGCCAGGACCAUCAUAUGAUACAGGUGAGGGCUCUAGUGAAGCCCUGUGUGGCUCAGUAGGUAAAAGUGUGGCACAAGAAAUGCCAAGGUUGUGGGUUCAAUUCAUGCAGGUAUCACAUACACCUACUACAAUUGUAUGGAUUUCCUGUACUGUACGCUACUCUCUUGUUGCUACUAAGUCACAAACUAAGUCGCUUUGGAUAAGAGUGUUUGUUAAAUGGCAUAUAUUCUGAUUAUGUUAUUACAGGUGGUGCUGGCUGUUCUAUAUUCUGAUUAUGUUAUUACAGGUGAUGCUGGCUGUUCUAUAUUCGGAUUGUGUUAUUACAGGUGGUGCUGGCUAUUCUAUAUUCUGAUUAUGUUAUUACAGGUGGUGCUGGCUGUUCGGCACUGCUGCGUCCGGGGGGUCCUGCACCGAGACAUCAAGGCUGAGAACCUGCUGGUGCAGCCAGACAACCUGUGGGUCAAGCUCAUCGACUUUGGCUGUGGAGACCUGCUGAGAGAAUCGUCCUAUAGAGACUACUCAGGUAGGAGACAACAGGGGAAUGGCUGGUCAGGGUAUGUUCAGUAGGCACGAAAUGCAAGAAAAUGCUCUGAAACUGAGUGAAAUGGGUAGGUACUAUCUGAACUCGUCCAAUAAGAAGCGCUUUUGUUACAGUGUGCCCUAAUGAACAUGACCCAGUUGUAAAGAUCUGGAAAAUGUUUCAGAAAUGUGGAUAUUAUAAAUUUACAGUAAUCACUCUGUAAUGUUUCCUCCCUUCUUCCUUCCCUCCCCCUCAGGUACAGAAGAGUACUGUCCUCCAGAGUGGGUGCUGAGUGGUGUGAACCAGGGCCGCCACGCCACCAUCUGGUCACUGGGGGUACUGCUCUACGGCCUGGUGUGUGGGCGCCUGCCCUUCAACAAGGAGGCUGAUAUCAGCGCUGGGCGCCUGCGCUUCAAAAAGGGCCUGACUAAAGGUGUGGGGGGAGACGUGCUGUUGCUAUGUACCAGUAUGUUAUUGGAUGUGGUUAUGGAUAUAUGAGUGGGUUAAAGGUGAGUACCAGUCUUUUUAGCUAACAUUCCACUCCUAGCCACUCCUGACAUUUUCCAAAGAGCUUGGGCAAAUGAUAUUAUCUAAAAAGACUGGUACUCAGACUAGAUUGAAGGUGUUCAAAUACAAAAAAAAGAUUGAAUAGAGACCCAAAGUCAAACUCCCAAUCCUAUCUUUGUUUCAUCAUGAUACAGAGUGUGAGGAGUUGAUCAGCUGGUGUCUGCAGCAGGAUCCCACUAAGAGGCCUGUUCUGGAACAGAUCCUCCUCCACGACUGGAUGGCUGAGGGAGAG